ACAUUUCUGUAAAUGUGCCCGAGUUAUUAGCCAAGAGGCUAUUUUUCAUCUGUAGUCCCGAGAGGCAGACGACAUAAAACAAACGUAAAAACACAAGAUUACAUAAACAGUGUUUGUAAAAUAUUUACGCUUUCCAAUGGGUGCAUAAAUGAUUAAUAGUGAGAACUCUUUGACAUUUUCAAGACAGACAAAGCAAAUAAAAAGAAGUGUAAACUAUAUUUAUUGUCCUGACAAAAUGCAGAAUAAACCAUUUGUCAUUAGUCUGCUACUGUGGGAUGAUGAUGAUGAUGAUGAGUGUGUUAUCUUCAGCGGGGGGGGGGGGGGGGGGGUUAUCUGAGGGCAGACAGCUGUUUAUCAGUCGGCUGCACAUUCCACUCGCUGCCUCUGACGAGCACGCUUGCUUUUAUAACGGAUCGGCAGAUGUGAGCAAAUUGGCCGACAGGACCGACGGCUUCCUUCGUCGAUAAAAUAUGUACUUUGACGUCUCAGGAAAUUAAUUAAAGUUGUACACGGAGAACUCUCAGGAACUAACUCGUGGGAAGCGGAGUUUGAGCUCAUCGACCUCGAUCCCCCGACCUCUCGACCUCGAACGGCCGGCGUUUUGGCCACCGUAACCAUGACGACGGGGGGCUGUUGCCACCUGCCCGGCUCUCUGUGCGACUGCGCGAGCGGCCCCGGCGAGUGGAAGAGCGCGGAGGAAGCGGGCGGCGGGUGUCCGGCGCUCUACGUCGCCCAGGUGACGGCCGUCGACGGCCGGCUGCUCUCAUCCGUCCUCAAGCCCUCGGCGAGCGCACAAAGGUACGACGCGAGCGGGACGAAGACGGCCGUCUCAAACGGCACAUUCACAAAUCUAUUUGAUUCCCGUCUCAGCGACGGACCCAUCUGCCGUAUCUGCCACGAGGGCGGCAGCGCCGAGGGCCUCCUGUCCCCGUGCCGCUGCGCCGGCUCCCUGGGCAAAGUGCACCGCAGCUGCCUGGAGACGUGGCUGUCGGCCUCCAACACCAGCUACUGCGAGCUCUGCCACGCCCAGUUCAGCAUCGAGCGCCGGGCCCGGCAAAUCACAGAGUGGCUGCGGGACCGCGGCCCUCGCAGCGAGAAGCGGACGCUGUUCUGUGACGUGGUGUGCCUCCUCUUCAUCACGCCCUUGGCGGCCGUCUCCGGCUGGCUGUGCCUGCGCGGCGCUCAGGACCACCUGCAGCUGGGCAGCUGGCUGCAGGCCGUGGGCCUCAUCGCCCUCACCAUCGCGCUCUUCACCAUCUACGUCCUGUGGACCCUGGUGUCUUUCCGCUACCACUGCCAGCUGUACUCCGAGUGGAGACGGACCAAUCAGAAGGUGCGUCUGCUCCUCCCCGGGGCCAAGGCGGCGACCUCCUCCCAGCAUUCCCUGCUCUCCGCCAUACUGAUGAAGAAGUCGGCCAAUGAGAGCAUCGUGUGAGACCGGACCGGGGG